CAGUGUGUGAGUGUGUAUGGACUAUAAUACCUACCUAGGCAUACAGUUAUUCGCUGUGCUAGUGAGAGCAGAAGAGAACAUACUGUGGAUAUAUCCUGGGUGUAUAAUCUUGUUGUCGCAAAAGAAAAUCCAGAUCUUAUUAAAGGAAGAUGGCGAGCGGAGAUAAUAUGGAGGCGGUCGCGGCCUCAAUGAACCGGAUGGAGAAACUAUUGGAAAAGAUAGAAGACAACGGACGAACAGAAGAUGUGGUGCACAAGAAACGUACGGAUGGACACAAGGUAUACUGUCGGAUGAGAGUAAACAUCAUCACCAUCGGAGACAUUGAUACCAUCAGGGAGGAGUUUACAUGUGAACUCGCCCUUACUGUCAAAUGGAAGGAGCCUGCUCUGAAGGGAAUGAAAGCAGAGGACAUUGAUUGGGGUGAACAAUGGGACCCAAGGAUCUAUUUCUUCAAUGCCGUGAGCACCGAUAAGUACGAAGUAAAGAGACGACUUGGUCUCAAAUCACCAGACGAUGACGAAGAUGAUCCAGUACCCGAUGCUCAGCUAUCAAUCAGAAUGAAAGGAGUCUUCAAAUCAACUAUGAAACUGAAUGAGUUUCCUUUCGAUUACCAGAAUCUGACGAUCAAAAUCAUGUCCGACUGGCCGAGGAAAGUAACCGAAUUCUGCAAGGAUAUGAGCCAGAAGGACAGUGUCAGAACAGAUACAUUCACAGGUGAGCAAGAAUGGGAACUACAGAAGCAUGUAAGCGCGCAUCAGGUAGAGGAAGAGAAGAUGACGUCAGGAGCAGUGAACGCUUACCCACUCUACAACGUGGUCGUGAAUGUGAAGCGAAAGGCUAGUUAUUACAUGUGGAAUGUAGCCCUCAUCAUGUUCCUGAUCACUCCUCUGGCUUUCACAUCUUAUGCUGUCAGUGCAGACGCACCCGAGGAUAGGUUAAGUGUAACGUUAACACUGCUUCUUACCGCUGUCGCCUUCAAGUUUGUUGUGUCCCAGAGUCUACCCAACACAUCAUACCAAACGCUUCUCGAUUACUACGUGCUAUGGUGUAUGAUGUUCUUGUGCCUUGUUGUAGUCCAGAAUGCCGUGGCUUCUUUGUUCUCAAGUGAUAAGGUUUGGGAGCACUUUGAUUUACCAUCUCUCUGUGUCCUUGGUGGUUUAACCGUCCUUGUCAACAUCAUCUUCAUCAUUAUCUCGUGCUAUAAGUCCCGCAAAGUUGGUCACCAGAUGCAGCAAGCCACCAGCAAAUACAAUGAUCUCUGUGAAGAGAUUAAGAGCAACAAAGGACGAAGCAGGAACUACAAGGUAGGACCAAUGAAGUGAGGCUCAGUCAUUAAAAGGAACGAACGUAAGUUCUUCUUUCCUCUCCACCCAGGUCAAGUGAAGCAUCGAAUCAAAAUGAACUUGCUUGGGUGAGGGAGCUAGCCCGUGGUUUGGGAAAACAACUCCAGAAGUGUGGCCGCAGUGUAUUAAUAUCCAGUUUUGAGUUACAGUGCUCUCUAUCAAUGUCAUUUCAUAAACAUACUACUUUGUGUUCUCUUUCUGUUUGCAUUUUCGCUACUAUGUCAUUCUAUCUUUCAUUCCUGCUUUCCUGUCAAUCCAUGUAUUUCUCUUCAUUUCUCUAUUUUGUUUUUUUCUCCCCUUUUGGGGGAUUAAUUUUCACCCUCCCUGUUUUUUCUUCCUUAACCCCCUCACUCACUCUAUCCCUCUACCCUCCCAUCUUCCCCCUUUUCU